UCUCACCUUUGACCCCACAGACCCUGAUACAGAGAAAGUUGCACGACCACUUCACAUUGUCAACAACUUGAUGGUAGGCAAAUAUGAGUCAGAUGUAGAUACAGGGUGUUGUCAACAGUUUUAUUUAACUUUUACUAACACCAGUCAGCUACGAAUAAGCAGGCAAUGUUCCUUGGAGCCAAUGGUAGACCCUACCUUUUAUAUAGGCUGACUGUGCAGUGACACUGAAGACAUGGCUGACUUGUUUGAGGAAUCAACAGAUGAGGAUGUUGUGAUUGGUCCAUUGAAACUUUGUACUGGGCAAGAAAAGACGCUGGUGCAGUUGACAUGUACAACAAAACAGGCAUCAGCUUCCUGUAGAAUUCACAUCUACAAGUGCUCGACUGUACCAUCGCUGGCUGCCAGACCGUUUUGCUUGACACUUCCUCAUGAGAUCAAGAGAGGUCCUCUGAUCUCGGACUUCACCAUAAAACCAUCCACUGCUAUCAACCUGGACAGAUUUGAUUGUAACCAUGGGAAACCCAAGCUUGCAGUAUCCUUCUACCAGAGUGAAGUUGAUGUGGGUGGACCUGCACACAAUGCCAAGGAGCUGGUUUUCAAGGAGCAUUGCAGGAGUAACAAUGGGAACCAUGUAGCUAAACUUGACGCACUUCUCUGUCAAGGACCAUUCAAGGACAUGCAUCCAUUUGACGUUGACAUUGCCCCCCACCAGAGUAUCCCGGAAGGUCCCGCACGACUUGUCAUCUUCCCUUCCUACAUCAGCGUCGUCAAGAGAUACAAGCAGAAAAAACAGAAAGACGUCAACAGGAGAGGAGGAGGCCAGAUAGCCACCAUAAAGAGAGAGAUGCGUCAGCUCCCAAUGGUCGUGAAACUGAAGGAACUGGACAAUUUCAGCCCCUUGCAGCUAGGGUUCAGGUUCGAGGUCUUCCAACAGUCGUACUUCUUCGGUUGCAACGAGGGAGGAGAGGAGAUGAACAACUUGGUGAGCUCGUAUCGCCACAACAGGAGGAACAGUAUCUUCCAAUUUUCCGACGGAAAGAUGAUUUGCUUGCCCGGGUCAGCGCCUCAAGAAAGAAAAGCACCAGAUCACAGGUGUCUGAGAAGACUGAGAAGUGAAUCGCACCUGCCUAAAAGGAACAAACAUCCUGUUCUUCAGCGCCAAGUUAGUGCCCCAGCAAUAGUGUUCCGUCCUGAAGAUCAGAAGGAGAUCAGUCAUCAUGAAGAUGUCAAUCAUCCUCUAGAUGGACCUCCCCUUCCUGAGAGGCCACUGCCUCCCACUCCCAUAGAUGAAGCUGUUCCCCCCCUCCCACCAAAGAGUCCUGGAGUCAUUUGUGACAGCAGCAGUGGGACUCGUACAUCCACAGACGAAGGUGGCACUGUCAAUCUCUAUUCAAAUGAGUGGGCAGCCAGAAGGUGCACAGAGGAACUGCAUGGGGGAGUGAAGUUGAACAUAGGCAUCCUCGCUGCCAAGCCCCAGUUAGGGCAGACCUGGAUCGUGUAUGUGCUGAUCUACCAACAAGGGGUGUCCUUUAAAGAAGUGAAAGAACAAAACUUCCCAGCUAAAGUGGACAUAGUCUGCCCUCCUCGAGCAUUCCAAGUGGUGCAGCACCUAUCGAUCAAUGCGGAGGUACCCGACGGAUGGAUUACAGAGGACGUUGUUAAGGAACUCCGUUGGGAGAGUUUUGACAAGCUGGAGGACCACUACAUCCAUGAGAUCUGCAUCAACCACAACAGCACCGACCAGAAACAGUUCCACGGGCGGAUCCAUGUUCGGCAGGGUCUCAUCGAAACUCUCACUCUCAACAUCAUCACCAACUUUUCACUCUACGAACGAGUUGGACAGAAGAGGGAAGAUGAACCCUUGUAUGAUUUGAAGGACCCUGCCACCUGUGGGAAUGGCAGGGGUAAGAAGGGAUUCCUGCAGCAGUUCUCCAAGCGCAAAGAGUUCUGCAACCAGAUGGAUCAAAUGAACAUGUUCGGCAACGACUAUAGAUUACUAGGGGAGAAGAUCGGACUGGAUUAUCAGGCCCUCCUGGCCAUUGACAGCCGUUGCAGCAGGUCGGCCAGUGGGCUGCUGUCCCCCACAGAGCUGGUGCUGAGUGAGUGGGAGAGGGGGAGGUCCACAGUACCCUUCAGCCAGGAGGCUCUGGUGGGGAUACUACACGACAUGGGGCGGCCUGAUAUCAUCCAGGACAUGGGCUUACAAGUUCCAAAGCUGAGGGAUUUUGCAGUAGACGAGACAACACCAAACACCAUCCGUGUGAGAUGGGAGCUGGACACAGAAGACAUCACUGACUGCACCAUCGAGAUCAGGCCUGCAGGUCCAGGACAACACAGCUGGACCACAGCAGCCUGCGUGCAGAAUAACGGAACCAAAACCCUCCAGCUGGAGAAUCUGGAACCGGAGACGGAGUACGACAUCCGCAUUCAGCCCUCGUUUCAGAGGGUCGACGGGGAGUGGACGGAGAUCAAGGCAAGAACUGAUGCUGCGAUGGCGGAGGAAGGGAACGGAGAUGAUGAAGAUGUACAGCAGGAUGGAGAUGGAGAUGAACCACCUGAUCAUGAUGGGAUAGAGGAAGAACAGCAGGAAUGAGCUGAAAGAAAUAAUGAAGGAAGCAAAGGGGGUCUAGGGAAAGAGAAUGAUCGACAAUAAGUUUUUGGAAAUUUUUGCUCAAGGGUUAAUUGCUAUCUAGUCUAAAAGCUGACUUUAGAUUCUAACUUAUUUGGUUUGACUUCUUUUUCUGAAACAUGUAAGAUAAACUUUAAGGAUCACACUGGUCCUGCCCCUAGUCUUACAUUCACACUGAUUAUCCUCCUACUGACUUCACACUGGUCCUGUCCCUGGUGCUGAACUUACAUUCACACUGAUUAUCCUCCUACUGAC